AUGUCCUUCGCACAAACCUUUCCCCAGUAUCAAAGACCGUCCUACGCGGAUCAGCAACCAUGCUGGACUGGUGUUGACUUCGCCACAAACAAUAACUCCUUCGGGGCCUAUCCUCAGUAUUCCAAAGAUCAGGCUUACUAUGAUCCCGACCUUGUGCCUGCAUGCGAGCAGACUGCUCCGUCGCCCAACUAUUCGCAGUAUUUGAACUUCGACGCUACCGAACCGGACUCGGGCUUGGCGGGAACAGGCGAUGCCAUCUCCUCUCAGCCAUUCUUCAACACCCCAUCUGUCCCAGCAGACAAUGCUCGACAGUUUGCCGACUUCCCAAUCAAGACCGAGCCCGGUUUCGAACAGAACGACCCGUCCUUCUCAUGUGGCCUGAACCUGAUGCAGGAUGAUAACACCUCUCCACAGAGUUGCGGACCAGUCCCCGCAUGCUUACAGCUUCUCGAAAAACCCGAAAUGGAGGACUUUAGCUUGUCAGGAUCUACGCUUUCGCCACAGCUUUCCAAUACGGACGAAAAGCCCGUCAGAAGACCAUCGCACGUCGGUUCAGGGUACGCCAAGCAAUUGAGAAGGGGAAGUGACAGCAGCCUGCCGAAGACCCGAGGCAGACGGGCACGUAAGGGUUCCUCGAGCGACGAAGAAGCGGCGCAGGCUCGAGCCAAACAAGCCCAUUCAAUUGUCGAACGAAGAUAUCGCGACAACCUCAAUGGGAAAAUCAUGCAGUUGCACCGGACUCUCAGUUCCAUUGGAUCGCCCACGCGCAUGGCUGGCUUGUCCACCGAUGAACCCCCCAGUGCGCAUGACCAGCGCACGAGGGUGCGGAAGUCGGACGUCAUGACCGACGCAGUCAACUAUGUGCACCAGAGUGAGGUGUCAAUGCGGCAUAUGACGGACGAAAUCAAGCGACUGGCUGACAGAGUUCGGACACUGGAGAAACUCGUCAAAUGUGAAGAUUGCGCCUUGCUCAAGCAGAUGGUCCGACUGCAGCUCCAGUCGCAACAGAACCAGCAGGCGCAACAGGCACAGAUGUCGAUGCAGCAACAAUAA